ACAAACGAUUGGCUAUCGGGCCGGUGACGUCAAUCGUAAAACGCAGAGUCUACCGCGGUAGCGUGAAGGAGGCCGCCAAUUCCGAUUCAAAGCAUCUUUGAGCUUGAAGAAUAGACAAUAUGAGCAAAGCUCAUCCUCCCGAGCUGAAAAAAUUUAUGGACAAGAAGUUAUCAUUGAAAUUAAAUGGUGGCAGACAUGUCCAAGGAAUAUUGCGGGGAUUUGAUCCCUUCAUGAAUCUUGUAAUAGAUGAAUGUGUGGAGAUGGCAACUAGUGGACAACAGAACAAUAUUGGAAUGGUGGUAAUACGAGGAAACAGUAUCAUCAUGUUAGAAGCCUUAGAACGAGUAUAAAUAACGGCUGUUCAACAGAGAAAUCCGUGUCCUCCCUCCAGAAGCCCUGUUUAACUGUGACUUGAAAAUUGGGUCAUAUACACUUUCAUAUUAAACUUUUUGUUAAAUAAACUUCAAUAGCAAAAAGCUUUGUCAGAUGUUUUGAAUGUAGACAUAGAAUGUUAGCUCCUAACUUUUCUAACGUGAAUUUUCAUGGUUGAGACUGAUUCUAAAAAGUAUAUUUAUACAUUAAAAUAGGAGAAUCUUACUGAGUGUGAAACAUUACAAGGAUUUUUCUGCAUUUUUUAGUGCUGAGGAGAGAGAAAAACAGUCAACCUGAAUGCAUGAGUGGGGUUACUAUGAAACAUGUAAACUGGUAACUUAUACUCUGACUUUUCCAAAUGUAGAUUAUCCUUUAUCCAAAUGCUUGGGAUCAGAAGUGUUUCAGAUUUCAGAAUAUUUGUACAAACAGUAAGUUAUGGGAUGAGACCCAAAGCUAGUGUUUGCUGCAUUUUGACAGCAGCUAGUCGCAUGAGACUGGUAUGAGUGCUCCAAAAAAAAAGUUGUAGUAUUGCAGAUAAUGACUGCUCAUUCUGUACAUCUACAUUCUAAGUAUAGUGCAACAGAAGUAAAACACAGGACGUAAUAAUAUAGUGGUUUAUUUCUUAAACAUAAUCAUUACGUGGAGAAAUUUUGAAGAGUAGAAAUAGAAUUUCAGAGAAAAGCAUUCCAGUGUAUUGUGCAGCUCUUAGAGUAGAGAAGAGCAGUGAGAAUGCUGUCCACAAUAUAUUUAUUUAGUUCAUGAAAUUUUAUUUAUGGCUCACAAGCUCAAAUGAGAGGUUUAUUACAGAUGGUUGUAUUAUAAGCCUAACCUUAAACAUUCCAAGCAAAUGCUUAAGGCCUAUUUUUAUGAUCUGAAAAAAGCCUGAAAAUCAGUUAAAACUAUGUAUACAUGAAUACAUACGGGAAUAUGUAAGUUUUUUAACACAAUGAAGAGUAUAGAUAUAGUAUUUCCUAUUUAUAGAAACUAUAAAACAAAAGAACAGCCAAAGGGAUCAAACUAAAUCACAGUAAAAUGAGUUGACAAGAAGUCCAGUAUAUUCUUUAGCAUUUCUGUUUUCACUGCUGGUAAUUUUUGCAGCCAUACAGAACUAACUUGUAGAACCAGUUCUCCCAAGUGUGGUUCCUAGAACAAUAGCAUCACCUUAGAACUUAAAUAAAAGUUUUUGUAUCCCACUACAAAUGUGUUGAAUAACAAAUCAUACUUAAUUCAGUUGGAGAACCACUGGAGUAGAGUUGUCUUCGUUCCACCCCUACAUCAUUUCUCCCAGUCUCUUCUGUUAAAAAAAAAUAAUAAUCUCCUGGAAUAGCAAAACCUGAUAGUAUUUUUGUUUUAAUAAAAUUAUUCUUUGGGGCUGGGGAUGUGGCUCAAGCGGUAGCGCGCUCGCCUGGCAUGCGUGCGGCCCGGGUUCGAUCCUCAGCACCACAUACAGAGAUGUCAUGUCCGCCAAUAACUAAAAAAAAUAAAUAAAUAUUAAAAAUUCUCUCUCUCUC